AUGGCGGGCUCGACACGCCUACCGCCAGUACUCGCAAUGGCGCUCCUCGCCCUCGCCAUGCUCCUCCUCGCCGGCAGCGCGAAUGCGCGCUCGGUUCACCCGCCACCAGUCCGCCGAGUGCACCAUCCCAGCCGGUCUACAGUCCGCAUCGUUCCGCGUGGUGAUAGCCUCUCCCGCCGCUCCAUCUCCCCACAGGCCCAUUCCCUGCGACACGAUGACAGCCUCCUCCUCACCGCCUCGGUGGCCAGUAUGGCGCCAUACGAGGUCGCGCUCCUUCUCCGGCCAACAGAGCACCUCUUCCACCCAGACGCAAAGGUCACCUUUCAGCAUGCGGAUGGGAGUAGCACGUCUGAAUCCCUCCGUGCCGAGGACUGGCGCCUGUAUCAGGGCGAGGUCGUGAGGCCUGCGUGGAUCGAGCGUGUGUGGGCCGAGGAACUGUCGGGGCUUGAGCACAGCCCGGCCGCAUUCCUCGGGCGCGCGAGCGUUAUGGUCCAUGAUGCCGGCGACAACAUACGUUGGGAAGGCACGUUCUCAAUCGACGGGAUCAACUACCACGUCUUGACCAAGGAGCGGUACGAGGCCACCAGGACGAUGGACGACGCCGACGUCGCUGCCUUUGGGAAUGGGCUCGUCAUCUUCAGCGAUGCCGAGAUGGAAUACAAGGACGGAACGAGGCACUCGAACAGCACCGGGUGCACGCACGACAGGCUGACGUUCAACACCGACCCCUCGCACCCUGUUCUUCGGCGGCGCGAUGCCAACAUGCUUCUCGAGGGCCGGGGCUCGCGCGAUGACAUGGGCGGCAUGACUCCCAAGACCAACUACAUCGAGUCGAUUGGUUCGGAUGCAGGCUGCCCCACUUCGCAGCAGGUAGUGUACAUGGGCGUCGCGGUCGACUGUAACUACGUGACGGCUUACGGGAGCAAGGACGCGGCACGCACGCAGGUGCUCAACAACUGGAACCAGAUCACUGCGUUGUACCGCAGCACGUUCCGAGUCUCGCUCGGCAUUAUCGAGCUGGUGGUCGAGGAGGCGCAGUGCCCUUCCUCGCCGCCCGCGGACAAGCAGUGGAACCAAAAUUGCACGCAGUCCGUGACGCUCGACGACCGGUUGAGCAUGUUCAGCCAGUGGCGUGGGAAGAAGGGUAACGACGGUGCUGGCCUGUGGCACCUCAUGACGGCAUGCUCGACGGACACUGAGGUCGGCGUUGCGUGGCUCGGUACCCUCUGCCAGACCAGCGCGAACGAACAGGACGGCCAGCAGUUUGUCUCGGGCACUGGUGUGUCAAGCGCGUCCAAGACCGAGUGGAACCUCAUUUCGCACGAGAUCGGACACAACUUUGGCGCGAUCCACGACUGCAUCGACGGCUGCACGCUCCAGAGCUCAUGCUGUCCGUACUCCAGGGACGCAUGUACAGCGAGCGGCCGUUUUAUCAUGAACCCUACGACUGCGGCCUCUGAGACAGCGUUCUCACAGUGCACGCUCGGCAACGUGUGCUCGUUCCUCGGUACGGGUUCUAAGAAUUGCGUUGUGACGCCCGACCCGGCCCGCACAACCAUCAGCCUCAAGCAGUGCGGCAACGGCAUCGUGGAGCAGGGCGAGGAAUGUGACCCAGGCAUGAACAGCACAUCGUCCUGCUGCGACCCCAACACGUGCAAGUUCAUCAACGGCGCCGUGUGCGACCCGACCAACUCUGCCUGCUGCACUGACCAGUGCACGUACAAGGCUGCUGGUGUCGUGUGCCGACCGUCCAUCAACGCGAUCUGCGACACCCAGGAGGUGUGCUCCGGCAACACUGGCGAAUGUCCCAAGGACGUUACUGCCAAGGACGGCACCAACUGCGGCAACGGCCUGCAGUGCGCGAGUGGACACUGUACGUCGCUCGACGAGCAGUGCGUCAAGGCUGGCGCGAGCCUCAACUUGACGCAGGCAUGUAGCGCGCGCGACGACCAGUCGUGCUACGUCACCUGCAAGGAUCCCAACGUCGCCAACCAGUGCACGAUCCUGCAGACGGUGCUCAUCGACGGCUCGCCGUGCGGCUACGGCGGGCACUGCUACAACGGUACCUGUUCGCCCGGCUCGUGGCAGAACCGCCUCGCCUCCAUGUACACGCAAAACCUGCAAAUAGCGAUUCCAGUCACGAUCGCCGUCGCGAUCAUCGUCGGCAUGAUCCUGUACUCGAUUGCGCGCUGCUGCUGCGGGGCGUUUACGCGUUCCCGCUCCAAACCCAAGAAGCAGGCAUGGGACAACGGUGUAUCCAUGGCGCCGUACCCUCAACCGGCCUACCACUCUCAAUCCCGCGGACAAGACAACAACCCGACGCAAUUCCGCCAAGACGGUAGCCCGACGCGCGAAUUCCGCCAGGACGGCAGUCCUACGCAGACAUACCCCGCGCUACCCCUGCUCGACGGACACCGGCGCAACGUCUCGGGCUCAUACUCUGACGAAAUGGGGACUGGGCAGCCGGUAAGACCGGCCUACGCCGACCCUUAUGCGCCAUAUGCCGGGAGACGCAACUGGGUCGAUGAGUCGCGGUACAAUGGCCGCGACACGCGUGACCAAGAGUACGAGGAGGGAUACCACUAUAACUACGACGAGAGCGUGCCCCGUCACCACCAUGAUGCGCGCGAAAACCGCGGAUACUCGCGCCAGUAG